AUGGCAAUGAGCCGAAGAGAAACGUAUCAAGCGUCAACGUCAAAUUUUUCAUGUCUGGCGGGUCGUCCUGGUAUCCCUGGACUCCACGGUACACCCGGUGCUCCUGGACGAGACGGACGAGAUGGCAGACCAGGUACUCAAGGUAAACAAGGUCCUCGAGGGUUUCAAGGGACUCCAGGCAAGCAAGGACCUCCCGGAGCUCCUGGUACACCCGGUAACACUGGUCCUCAGGGUCUUUCAGCCUAUUCGAACUGGAAAGAAUGUUCGUGGACAAACAUCCACGAAGGAAAAGACAAUGGUCUGAUCAGGAAUUUCACGGAUUCCAUCCUCCAUAUUUACUGGAAUGGCGAUUUCAGAAUUAAUAAUUGUAACAAAUGCUGUAAGCGCUGGUUCUUCACGUUCAACGGUGCUGAAUGCAAGACCCCUCGUGCUAUUGACGGUACCUUGUACAUGGCAAAAGGAGUGGGUCGCAACAUUCACCGUGUCCGCCAUAUUGAAGGUCACUGUGACAAGAUCCACAAGGGACACGUUCGUGUGGGCUUCAAUGUCGGGAACUGUGCCGGGUAUGGAAAUGCUGACGCCUAUACCGGGUGGAAUUCAAACAGUCGUCUGUUCGUAGAGGAAGUACCCAGACCUCAGCAGUGA